ACAUCUCUCUCUGCUCACAUUAAUUCCAACCCCAAAACAAAACACAGAGUGAAAAUAAUCAACCCAUUUUACCUCCUCUUCAAAACAUCAGAUGGGCAAGAAGAUGAGGCUUCCGUUUCUAUUCAAGAACAGGGAAGAACAGGGGCAUCCAUGGCAAUGGCCGUCGUGCAAGCAUCCCAAGACCCUUUCCUUCCGUGCCGGGGAGAAUAUGUUCAAGACUGUCAAUUCUGUUUUCUUCGAUUCCAUUGAUGGGGUUGAAACGCCGGAAUCCUGGUUCACUAACUCCUCGGAAACUGCUAGCUUUUCCACGGAGUCAGAGGAGUUGUGUGAUGGAGAGCUGGAGACCGUGGUACGAGGGUUGAGAUCAUCGGAGCGGUUGUUCUUUGAGCCUGGUGACACUAGCUCCAUCCUUGAGGAGGCCAAGACAAGUGCAUUUCCGUUCAAAGAAAGCGUGGUGCUGGCGAUGGAAUCCGUUGACCCGUACGCAGAUUUCCGGCAGUCGAUGGAGGAGAUGGUGGAAACACACGGGUUAAAAGACUGGGAGUGCUUGAAAGAGUUGUUGGGAUGGUAUUUGAAGGUUAAUGGGAAGAAGAACCACGGUUUUAUCGUAGGUGCGUUCGUUGAUAUGCUUGUGGGUCUAAGCGGCAGCAGUUCUUGUACCGAAUCCGCUUCUUAUUUAUCUGCUAUUUCUUCCUUUCCUUCAUCUCCUUUGUGUUCUAUAGGAGGAGAGAAUGAAAUUGAUGAGGAAGAAAAGAUUGUACCUUCUUAGCUUCUGAAUUUCAUCAUUUUUGUGUAUAUAAUGAAAGUAAAAGAGAAAUUAAACAUUUUGUAAAUUC